GACAGCACUUCUGUCUUGCACUUUACCACCGUCCCGUCGACGUGAGCUCAAAGUAAGAGCGUGCAAGAUGACCAUCAACACCAUGGAUAAAGGAGGCUGGCACCGACAGCAAAUGUCAUGCUUUAGAAAAAUGGAGAAACUGAUAGUGGCCAUGCAGGACCCUGACAUGGGCAUCAAGAUGAGAAACCAGAGGCUCCUUAUUACUGUCAUUCCACACGCCAUGACAGGCCGUGAUGUCAUUGACUGGCUGAUCCAGAAAUACAGAAUGUGUGAGGAGGAGGCUCUGCACCUCGGUGGGAUGCUGGUGAGAUAUGGGUACAUUUACCCUCUAAAGGAACCAAGAUCUCUCGUGUUACGUGCCGACGAGACGCCGUACCGCUUUCAGACGCCAUACUUCUGGACCAGCACCCGGUGGCCUGCAUCAGAAAUAGAUUAUGCAAUCUACUUGGCCAAAAAGAACAUUAGAAAACAAGGAGAACUGAUGGAAUAUGAAAAGGAGAGGUACAGUCUGUUGCACAAGAGGAUCAACCACACCUGGGACUUUGUGGUGAUGCAGGCGAGAGAACAACUCAGAGCAUCCAAACAGAGGAGAAAGGCCGACCGCAUUGUUCUAGAAUGUCAGGAGCAGGCUUACUGGCUCAUCAACAGACCGCAGCCUGGAGCACAUAAUAUACUGGACGUGGGUCUAGAACGACCAAAUAACUUCAGCUCUCGUGUUACACUGAACAGUGACUACUACAAAAGCGAGAUUGAAGCCUGUAGAAGGGCCCUAGGAAGAAAUCGUGUCAAGUCAUCCAUCUGCCUGGAGGGUUUUGUGAAAUUCAGUGAGCAGUACCAGAACCAUGAUCCCAUUAUGCAAGGGUGUCUUCCCAGUAACCCCUGGAUCUCCGAUGACUCUGCACACUGGACAAUGAACGCAGAAAUGGUGCCGACCCCGACGCGUCUGCGAGUGGAGCGCUGGAGCUUCAGCUUCAGGGAGCUUCUGAAUGACGUGAUGGGGAGAAGGGAGUUCAUGACCUACCUGGAGAAAGAGUUCAGUGCGGAGAACCUGUGUUUCUGGCAGGCCUGUGAGAAUAUCAGACAUGGAGAAAGUUCCAGGAUCGUGGAGAAAGUGGAAGAGGUCUACAAAGCUUUCCUGGCUCCCGGAGCCGCGCGCUGGGUCAACAUUGACAGCAAGACGAUGGCUCAUACUCUGGAGGGACUCAAACAUCCACAUCGCUUUGUUAUGGAUGCCGCACAAAUGCACAUCUACUUCCUCAUGAAAAAGGACUCCUACCCGCGGUAUCUUAAGUCUGACCUGUACAAGAACAUGCUGGCCAGAGCUAUUGUCCCGCAGGAGACCAAAAAAAGUGUCUUCCCCUUCAUGAGACGCCAGCGCCAUUCAAGCCCCUCCCCUGCGCAGGCGUUCACUCAGGUGUUGGAAGAAGAUGGCCGCGCGCAAGCAGGUACCAACGCAGCUGGCUCCCACGUGUGACACCAGGCACAAAAGAACAUAUCAGACUCCAUCGCCGCCAAUCUCUCAUUGCCUCAAAAAACUCUUCCUAAUGUUUCAUCUCCAAACGAGUCACAGUCAUAGCUAGAAGUUCAAGUUCAAGAAGCUCCCAGCCUCCUCUUAGAGCAUGUAAGUGACGUCUUUUUCCCCAUGAGCAAUAAACAGCAUAAAGAGUGAGCUGUAUACUCACCCUGCAUCGACAUCCCAUCUCAGUCAGAACAUCUGAACAACCAAACCGUAUGAUCUCCUGUCUCUUACAACCAGCUUCAGUUACUAUUGAUGUGUCAUUUUACAUACAAGGUUUUACUAGUUUUCUUCAUUCCACGCUGCAGCGUCAUGUAAGCAUGUUUUCACCCGCAUUCACCAACAGCAUUCACUCUCAGGUUAAACCAUGUGUGUGUCAUGUGUGUGUGUAGUCUGUGUUGUUGAUUUUGCUCCCGUCUGCCGUUUCCUUUACUGCACAGUCUCUCUAGUGGCUGCAUGUAGUCCAAGUAACACAGUAACCUGUGGUUGACAAUCUUUUCAGCUUGUGAUCACUACGACUGACUGCCGGUGUCAUCCUCCUCCCCUGAAGUGUAACGUUUAAAAAAGGGUUUAUUGGCAGAAAUUGAAUAUUAUAAUAAUAUAUAUUAAAUAUGUUUGUACAAGUGUUACAAGUACAAUAAAAAUCAUAAACCCAAACCUGAAAAACCA